UUAGGAAAGAGUUUCUGAAGACGUAUUUAGAAUAUUUAAAGAAGAGAAGAUAUUGAUUGGUUGACGUAGCGUAGAUAAACUCUUAAUUGCUUGUGUAACACAUGUCAGAAAUACGAUCACAUGGAAGUUUGUUGCACAAUAGUGCACAGGCUGUAUCAACUGUUGUGUACAACAUAAAACUGAAUCGUGUCAGAAACAAUUUAUAAGGGGAAUUUCUUGUAGCCCCCAAGUUGCUAUCUCUCACCGUUUAGUCUGUGGAUCUCAUAGCAUAGGAGCAGUAAGAAUGACAAACAUUAUUUUAUGAUUUUUUUUUACAUUGCAAAAUUUAAUUCUUUGGAAGUAAAGGGGUAAAUAUUUGUUGAUAUCGAACAAUUAUAUUUAUUUUUUGUAGGGUUUAAUUUGUCAUCCCUCUGCCAGAGAAAAUCCAAAAUUCUUCAAAAAAGAUAGAUAUAGAUUUCUGUAGUUUUCAACGUGCAAUUCACCAGGAGAUAUAGAAUGAUAAAUUUCAUUGGUUAACUGCAAAAUCAAUGGUACUAUUGAUUUGUAAAACCUUAACUUGGGAGUUUGUUAGUUCCUUGAUUUCAAUAAAUUACUAAGAACACCACAUGACACUCCCGUGAGAAAUAAUAGUUAUUUGCAAGAGAGAUGUUCAAUGGGCGCAAUAUAGAAAUUACAGUGGGUGUAAAACACUCAAGCUCAUCACUAAAAAAUUUCCGCCAACACUAAAUCCUCGGACACAUUGUCACCCAACCGAAAUUGCAUGAGUGGAAGAGAUGAUGUAUCUCUUUUCCAUGGAAUAUUAUUACAUCUCUGGGAUGAUUUAGUAGAAUCACCACUUAUUGAUUAACAAUGAUCAACACUUCUAAAUCGACAUUUUUUAACAAAUAUUUUUCUCACAAUAAAUCUUCAGAUCAAUGACUGAAGGCCAUCAUCAAAGCAUAAUCAACUAUCCACCAUUUACGUAUUUAAUUCAAAGAUUCAGCCUUGGCAGUCUACUUUCGGAGCAGAAUUAGAUGAAACUCAUUAACAAAGGCGGUAAAAAUAAGAUGCUGGAGUAAGAAGAAGGAAUGAAGUAUUGAGGCGAAGAAAGAGACACAGAGAGACAUUUUAAACAAAAAGAAUUCAAGCACCGCACCGACAUCCAAUAAAAUCCAUUUAAUUCAGAUUCAACUCUUUCAGUUACCAUUUGAUACUCUACGGGUGCAAAAGCUAUGAUCCCGCGAUCUUGCCAUCUCGCACUGUGAAAAUAAGGAGUUGCCGAUCGAGUGUAUUCGAGUGUGUAGUAUUCAACACAGAAUAUUAAACUUUAGCUUUGUGCAAUCUUUCUGAGAAAAGUUACACGAGAGAUAAGAGAAGCUUUUGCUCCUCUUGUAGCUAACACAGUGAACAUUGUGGGGAAUUUUCAGUCAGAAAUCGCGAGUGUAUCAGUGAAGAUGCAUUUUGUGAAACUCUUUCUUAUCUUCUGCACUUUGACUGUGAUUCAAUGCCAAGAGGAUCUAAAUGGGGAUUCACCACCAAGUCCAGGCCAAGCAAGUCUCGUCAUCAUCUUCGACACUACAUCCUCAAUGGGUGAUGAUCUUGAGGAAUUGCGUGCUGGUGCAGCUUUUAUUAUCCGGAAGAUGAUGAAUAAAGUCAAUAAUCCCAUUUACAACUAUAUUUUUGUACCAUUCAAUGAUCCAUACGUUGGUCCGGAACUUGUGACAACAAAUCCACAAGAAUUACUAAAUGAAUUGGAGAGGGUCACGGUCUACGGGGGUGGCGAUUGUCCAGAAAUGUGUAUUACGGGCAUUAAAUUUGCCCUAGAGAAAUGUCUACCAAACUCUUUUGUCUACGUCUUUACGGAUGCCGAUGCUAAGGAUGCGUACCUAAUGCCAACUGCCUUGUCUCUUCUUCAGGAAAAGAGGACUUCAAUUACAUUUAUUGUGGCUGAUGAUGCUUGUGAACCAAUCCCGCCCACAUUUAACACCUACUACACUCUUGCAGACGCUAGCAAUGGACAGGUGUACCGAAUAAAAUCCAGGGAUACAAAUACGAUCCUGGAAAGUGUAGGGGAUACCCUAGAUCAAGGCCUUCAGAUUCUCAAAUUAAUCAAUUCCGACAAACCUGACAGUCACGAUAUACCACUCGAAGUGGAUAAGACCUUAAAGGACUUCAGUGUUAGUGUAUCAGGAUCUGAUCCCAAUAUCACAGUCAACAAUCCUGAAAAUCAACCAUCAAAAAAGGCCAAAGAACUUGUAAAUUUACCCAAUGUCAUGACGGUAAAAAUUAUGGAUCCUGAACCAGGAGUAUGGAAAAUAGGAGCUUCUUCCAGUUCUCCUCAUUCAGUUAAAAUUGCCGGAAUCAGUGAUAUAACAUUCCGCUUUGGAUUCACCCUGCACACCCCCCUCACCAUUGAUGAAGCCCUACCACGACCAAUUCGUGGUAAUGAUAAUAUUUUCUGUAUUAUGCCAUCAGAUCCCUUUGCUGUACGUAAACUUAGUACAGUAAGAUUCUUCAGGGACAACCCUUUGAAUCCUUACGAAUUGAUCCUUCCCCUGGCACCUAUCAAAAAUACAUUCCUAUUCAGUUGUCGACCUUUCGCACCACCUAAAGGAGUUUUUAAAAUAGAGGUCAAGGGUGAGGAUGCAAGUGGCAAUAGGUUCUCAAGGCUACUACCAACAGGAUUGGACACCACAGAUGUAGCCAAACCACAAUAUUUGGGAAAGAGUUUGGAACAAAAUAUCGAUCUUGCUCCAAAUACCAGCGUUGAACUUGAUUGCAAAAUGGUAGGAAAUCCUCAACCAACAAUUAGGUGGUUUAAAGAUGGUGAAGAACUACCUGGUGUCACCGAUGAAGUUCUAAGGAUUGAGUAUGAAAGUGAAAAACCCGUCAAGUAUAAGUGCGAAGGUGCUAACAGUGAAGGAACAGAAAGUGUAACAUUCAAAGUCAACAACGCAGAACCCCCUGAAGUUAUUGAUUGGCUAAUGCGAGUUGCCAAUGAUUCCACAGUUAACGUUCUUGCUGGAGAUCCACUGACUUUGAAUUGUCCAGCAAAAGGUGUACCAGAUCCUACGCAAAAAUGGCAAAAGGAUGGAGAGGAUAUUCCAUCAGAAGGUGGAGCAGAACUUCUGGAAGACGGAAAAUUCCUAUCAAUUCCCUCAGCUAAUGAUAGCGAUGCGGGAGUUUAUGAGUGCAUGGUUGAGAAUCCCUCAGGAAACCUAACACUCCGCUACACAGUUCAGAUCGAUGAAGCACCUAAAUUUUCCACUGAAACCGAAGCAGAAAAUUUCGAUCCUGAACUUGAGAGCUACAUUGAGAAGAUUUCAGCAAAACCAGGAGAAACAGUGAUUUUACAGUGUCCAAUUGUCGGUAAACCCCAACCGGACAUAACCUGGUACCGUGAAGAUCCUACCGAGAUAAUCCCAGAGAGAACUCCAGUAGAAGGUGCAACUGAGAAUCAGUUAACUAUUGAAGCAACAGAAGAUCCUUCAGGAUACGUUUGCAUAGGGAAUAAUACGCAUGGGACAUUGGAAAAACAAUUUCAAGUUGAACCUCAGAAAUCACCUAAACUAAUGGAUCCAAAUGAGAAGAAAAUUAAGGUAAAACCGGAAGAUGAUUUUUCUUUAGAUUGUUCAGUGGAAUCACCUGAUCCUGAAACAUCAGUUAAAUUUCUCAAAGAUGGACAACCUCUGACUCCAGAUGUAAACAAAUUUGUACUUUCCGAGGACGGUUACACCCUAAAUAUUACAAAAGCGGACAUAGAGAAAGAUCCUGGUGAAUAUACUUGUUCAGUGGAAAAUUCUGCAGGGACUACGGAAAAGAAAUUCACUGUGGAGAAAAUAGUUCCAUCAAAAUGGUCAACAUGGACAGAUUGGACACCUUGCAAUUGUCGUGCCAAAGUACAGUUCCGUAACAGAUUCUGUCAAUACAGCAAUGGGUCUCUUGUGGCACCUGGCGAUAGGAGUCAAUGUCCUGGAGAGGCUGUGCAAAUGCAAUCCUGCGAUGAGGAAUGCGACAGCGAAUGGACACCUUGGGGAGAAUGGUCACCAUGUUCCGUAACAUGUGGAGAUGGUGUUAAAAUUCGAACUCGUCGAUGUCGUGAUCCUCGGGUCAAGCCCUGUACCGGAGAAGAUACAGAACGAGAAUCUUGCAAUGAAAUGCCUUGCCCCGAAAAUCAGUUAGCAUGUGAAGUAGGAUUCCUCAUAAAUAACGUAACAGGUGCUUGUGAAGAUAUCAACGAGUGCUCAGGGGAAUUCUUCAACGAUUGCACCCUAAAACAAAUCUGUGUCAAUACUAUGGGAUCUUACGAGUGUCUCUGUCCAGCGGGCUAUGCUACACAUCGUUUCAAGAAGAAGUGCCUAGAUAUCAACGAAUGCAAUAAAGGGAUACACAAAUGUUCUCAUGAAUGUGUAAAUACAAGAGGAUCAUACGAAUGUCGAUGUCCCAAGGGAAUGACUUUGGACACCGACAAUAGAACUUGUCGCGAAGCUUAAACAAACUUAAUUAUCUCAUAACAAUAACAUUUUUAUAUAAAUUCUUUACCGCAAAGAAGAAUAUACAUAUUGUAAGAUUACUUUCAUUGUUAUCACGGUCUGUGAUUAGAAAUAAAAAGAUCUAUUCGACGUAA